AUGAGUCAUCCAACAGAGAUGAAGGGUGGUCCGUUAGAGGACGAUGACGCGCAGUUGGCGGCCAUGGGCCAUAAGCCUGAACUCAAGCGUCAGUACUCGAUGUGGUCGAUGUUGGGACUGGCUUUUGCAGUCCUCAAUUCAUGGACUGCUCUUUCUGCGAGUCUGUCUAUUAGUCUCACGUCCGGAGGAAGCACGAGUGUCAUCUGGGGUCUCGUGACAGCAGGAUUCUGCAAUUUAUGUAUCGCUGCCUCGCUGGCUGAAUUUCUCUCUGCUUAUCCCACUGCCGGUGGUCAAUAUCACUGGGUCGCCGUCAUCGCAUGGCCAAAAUGGGUGCCUAUUCUCUCAUGGAUCACGGGUUGGAUUAACGUAGCUGGUUGGGUCGCCCUCGUCGCUACCAACUCGCUCCUGUCGAGUCAACUCAUCGUCGGAUGUAUCUCGGCCAUGCAUCCUACAUAUGUGGCGCAGCGAUGGCACCAAUUCCUCAUCUACAUUGGAUUAACACUGGGAGCGUUCGUUAUCAAUGCGUUCAUGAACUCUAUCCUGCCGAUGAUCUAUCGUGGUGCUUUCUCAUGGUCUAUUGGUGGCUUCGCGAUCGUCUCCAUCACGGUCCUUGCAUGUGCUUCGCCUGAUUUCAACUCGGCCUACUUCGUGUUCUGCAAUUUUGUGAAUAGCACCGGAUGGCCGGAUGGUGUUGCAUGGAUGCUCGGGUUGCUUCAAGGAGGACUCGGAGUUACUGCUUUUGAUGCUGUGGUACACAUGAUUGAGGAGGUUCCAAAUGCAUCCAUUGAAGGACCCAAGAUUAUGGUCUUGUGUGUCGGUAUCGGUACUUUCACGGGAUCUAUCUUCUUGAUUGUUCUUCUUUUCGUGGCUGGCGACAUGGAUCAAAUCACCACUUCUGCUGCUGGCCCGCUCCUACAAAUUCUUGUCGACGCUACCAAGAAUACUGCUGGUGCAAUCUGCUUGUUGAUGCUACCUCUAGUGUGCCUGAUUCUCGCCAUUCUUAGUGUGAUGACUACAAGCAGUCGAAUGAUUUUCGCUUUCGCACGUGAUGGUGGUCUUCCUGCAUCUCGAUUUUUCGCCAAGGUCCACCCGACACUCAAGCUUCCCUUGAAUGCGCUUAUCUUGACUGUUGUCGUUGUCAUUAUCUUCGGCUGCAUUUUCUUGGGAUCCUCCAGUGCCUUCAACGCCAUCAUUUCCGCUGCAGUUGUGGCUCUCGAUCUCUCCUAUGCCAUGCCCAUUCUGGUCAACUGCUUACAGGGCCGACGAGCGCUCCCCGAAAGGAAGUGGAAGCUGCCGAACGCGGUCGGGUGGUUCAUUGAUCUGAUCUCUCUCACAUACAUCGCCCUCACAACUGUCCUGUUUGUUUUCCCUCCGUACAAGGAUGUUACUGGAAGCAACAUGAACUAUGCCGUUGCUGCGUUCGCGGUUAUCAUCAUAAUCUCCGUUGUCCAGUGGUUUGUCGAUGGACGCAAGAACUUUACUGGACCUCGCGUGGACGUGACCCUUGAUGCACUGGACACCAUGCCAACUUAUGAGGAAACGCCCGCCAUUCACGAGAAAUGA